AUGAAAAUCCACCAGCACACAAAGUACGUCGGCCCGAAACACCACAUGGUAUUGCACAAACACGAGCACAAACACGGCCACGAACACAAACACGGCCAUAAGCACGGCCACCAUCACGAUUCCGAACACAAACAUCAUCACGGACACAAGCACGGACACUUGCACGAUCACAAGCACGACAGCAAACACGAUCAUAAACACGAUCACAAGCACGAAGGCAAACACGGGCACAAGCACGAACAUGGCCACAAGCACAGCCACGAGGGGAAACAUGGCCAUAAGCACGAGCAUAAGCACAAGCACUCCGGAAAGCACAGCCACAAACACGGACACAAGCAUUAUAACGAUCACAAACACAAGCAUAAACACGAGCACGAAACCAAGGAGGAUGACGAUGAUCACAAGGAAAUUAUUAUUGAGCCUAUUUAUUAUAAACAGAAUUUGCACGAGAACAACAAGCAAGUGGAAAUCUUUUCUGAGCCUUAUGAACAAUCAUAUAGGAGGCCACAUGUUAAUAGACAUAAGUUUUCGGAGAAUGAUGAGAAUUUGCCGGUGACCGCCAGUUAUAAAGUCAAAGAGUUCAUACCGUUCGAUACGACACCAUCAACUCCGAAACCUUUACAGCGGCCCACAACCACUCCGAAUCCGUUUGAUUUGGCCGACCAGAUUAUCGAUGUGAAUGAUAACCUACCCAUUACGGAUUUCAAGAACGAACAAAAUGAAGAUGAUGAAGCACCUUUGGCCGAAAACAAUGAUGGAGAAAAUAUAAAUGAGGAAUACAAUGGUGAAUACCAAGAAGAAGGGGAAGAUGAUGACUACAGAAAUAACGAGGAACUUCGUACAGGAACAGAGUAUCCGGAACACAUUCAAGAUUACAUCGAUAACUCAACAGGUGAUUUGGAAAAUUACGUUGAUUAUGACUAUACUGCGCCAAAAAUACAAUAUGCAGAGAAAGUUACUUUAACCGAUGGAAAAUACAAAUGGAAUGAAAACGAAUUGGAUAAAUAUCUUGAACAAACGUACGGGACUGAGCAUAUUCCUGGACAGUAUGACAAAUAUUUGGAGGAGGCUUCCAACAGGGUUGUACACCGAGCUACUCCAAAUCCGUUGUUCGUAAACAAAAUUCGCAAAGCCACUGGAGCAGCUAUUAAUCCUAACGUUUCUCCAGUUACUUUUCCUACAACAGAAAGUAGUUUCUUUUUAGGCAAAUUCAAGUUUUAA